GAGCAACAUGUGUGAUCUGCUCAGGAUCAACACCGACAGGGGUGUGAUGAUCAGUGAUGGCAAGUCACGGUUCUCUAUUGAUGGCAAGCCGAUUUACCAUUUCGUUGGGACUUCCACCUUCGGUGAGUAUACUGUCCUGCAUGUUGGUUGUGUUGUGAAGAUCAACCCUGAGGCUCCCCUUGACAAAGUCUGUGUUCUUAGCUGUGGUGUUUCUACUGGUCUUGGUGCGUCGAUUAAUGUAGCAAAACCGCCAAAGGGUUCGACAGUCGCGAUAUUUGGGCUAGGAGCUGUUGGACUUGCUGCUGCAGAAGGUGCAAGGAUUGCAGGAGCCUCAAGGAUAAUUGGUAUUGACCUGAACACCAACAGAUUUGAAGAAGCUAGAAAAUUUGGCUGCACAGAAUUUGUGAACCCAAAAGACCACAGCAAGCCUAUUCAAGAGGUACUUGUUGAGAUGACAAAUGGCGGAGUUGACCGCAGUGUUGAAUGCAGUGGCAACAUCAAUGCUAUGAUACAAGCAUUUGAAUGUGUUCAUGAUGGCUGGGGUGUAGCUGUGCUGGUGGGUGUGCCACACAAGAACGCCGAAUUCAAGACCCACCCAAUGAAUUUCCUCAAUGAGAGGACUCUGAAGGGCACCUUCUUCGGUAACUUCAAACCACGCACUGACCUACCCAAUGUUGUGGAGAUGUACAUGAAGAAGGAGCUGGAGGUGGAGAAGUUCAUCACCCACAGCGUGCCGUUCUCGGAAAUCAACAAGGCCUUCGACCUCAUGGCGAAGGGCGAGGGCAUCCGCUGCAUCAUCCGCAUGGAGAACUAGAUUUGCUGCCGCUCGUGCACCAUCUGGGAACUGGAUGGACAAAGCGGUCCAAAGUUUAGGCAAUGCAAAUUUCCCUUCGUUUCCUAGUUUUGUUCAUCUUUCUCUGCUCUUGAUGAUCACGUUAUAUUCUGGAAAAUUUUGGAAAAACAAAUUGGAACCCAGGGCCGUGCUGA